UAGAAUCGGAAACAAGUGCGCAGAGUGCAUUUUUCAAAGAUAUUACUGAAAUUUGUAGUGAAGCAACAAUUAUUCGCAGCUUAAUCGCAAAAAUGAAGUUCCAAUACAAGGAAGAACAUCCAUUCGAGAAACGAAAGGCUGAGGGAGAUAAAAUUCGACGCAAAUAUCCGGACCGUGUACCCGUGAUUGUCGAGAAGGCACCGAAGGCACGGAUUGACGACUUAGAUAAAAAGAAAUACCUAGUUCCAUCCGAUCUAACUGUAGGACAAUUCUACUUCCUGAUUCGCAAACGCAUCCAUCUUCGCCCGGAGGACGCUCUAUUUUUCUUCGUCAAUAAUGUCAUUCCACCGACGUCGGCCACCAUGGGUUCGCUGUACCACGAGCACCACGAAGAGGACUAUUUCCUCUACAUCGCUUACUCGGACGAGAACGUUUAUGGCAACUCGACUGACAACAACUGAACAAGCGUCGUGCAUUGAUUACAGAGUAAGCAGAUCCAUGUAAUAGCAACAAGCGGAAGAAGCAAAAACACAUACUGAAAUUUGUGAUGUUAAAAAAAGGACAAAAAAUAUGCAGCCGUCGUCUCUUAAGUAUAUUGUGCUGCAUCAAUUGAUCCCCUAUUUUUUCCCCCACUCUAUAAAAACACGAUCCCUCUAGGAUAAAUUUGUGCGACAUUAGCAUCCUUCACUGUUGCGCACUAUACUGAUCGGAGAUUGUUGUAAACUUUAAGCGAUGAUCAUUCGCUGAAAGGCAUUCUUCUUCAGAGCAUUACUACGUUCUUUUUCUCCCAUAUCUGUGGUUCAUUUGUAAUGGGUGUAGUUACAUAAACUAGCCUUAUUCAAUGGUACGUAUUUUAUUUAAAACAAAAAUAAGAAAAAAAAUGUAUAAGUAGGUUUAAAGGAAAAAAAAAAACAAAAAAAUAACUUACAGGAAUGUUCUUUUUUUUUUCGAGAUAAAUGGCACUGAGAAAGUAACAAGAUAUUAGAUAAACGAGCGCUGUUUUUUGUUGGGAACGACACGUCUGGAUCUAGAAUCGAUUGUCUAGUAAAGGCACUAAAUAAUAUGAUCUUCAAUUUUCGAGUAGCACUCUCCGCUUUGGAAAAUCUAAAGUUUGGUUAAACGUAGAGGAGUGAGUCGUAUGCCCCCUUCAUCUACUGUAACAUACCAUUACUGUUCAGGCAACACUCUAAGGAGUUUAAAUUAAUUAGAGUCGAUUGGUCUCCUAUCUGCAUCCUA